GGAGAGAGAAGGGGAGAAAAAGAGCAGCAAGAAGACAACGCUUUCUGCUGGAAUCUUGUGUUUAAUUUGACAUGGCUGCCACACUUUGGAGACUUGCAUCACUGGACUCAGGCAUGUGGGUCUUCCUUCUGCUCCUCAGCCUCUUUCCUCAGGCCAGGACACAGCCUGUAGUUGGGCACAGAGAGCCAUUACCUGAUGACAGUAAAGACAAUAUCACCAUUUUCACCCGAAUCCUAGACAGGCUGCUGGAUGGAUAUGACAACAGGCUACGCCCUGGGCUGGGAGAGAGUGUGACAGAAGUGAGGACAAACAUCUAUGUGACCAGUUUUGGGCCAGUGUCAGAUACAGACAUGGAGUACACCAUUGAUGUUUUUUUCCGUCAGAGUUGGAGGGAUGAGAGGCUAAAGUUUGAUGGGCCCAUGCAAGUCCUUCCCCUCAACAACCUCUUAGCCAGCAAGAUAUGGACUCCUGAUACGUUUUUCCACAAUGGGAAGAAAUCUGUGGCCCACAACAUGACCACUCCCAACAAGCUGCUGCGGCUAGUCGACAAUGGCACUCUUCUCUACACUAUGAGGCUGACCAUUCAUGCCGAGUGCCCCAUGCACCUUGAGGAUUUCCCAAUGGAUGCACAUGCCUGUCCUCUGAAGUUUGGAAGUUAUGCAUAUACCAAUAAUGAGGUAAUCUAUCUGUGGACCCAGGGAGAUGAGAGGUCAGUAGCUGUUGCAGAAGAUGGCUCCAGGCUAAACCAGUAUGACUUACUGGGGCAUGUUAUUGGCAAAGAAACCAUCAGCUCCAGCACAGGAGAAUAUGUAGUGAUGACAACGUAUUUCCAUUUGAAAAGGAAAAUUGGCUAUUUUGUGAUUCAAACCUACCUCCCGUGCAUCAUGACUGUCAUACUGUCUCAGGUCUCCUUCUGGCUAAACAGAGAAUCAGUGCCUGCGCGCACUGUAUUUGGGGUCACCACUGUCCUAACCAUGACCACACUGAGCAUCAGUGCUAGAAACUCCCUACCUAAGGUGGCCUAUGCCACUGCCAUGGACUGGUUCAUGGCUGUGUGCUAUGCCUUUGUCUUCUCUGCCUUGAUUGAGUUUGCCACAGUCAACUACUUCACCAAACGCAGCUGGGCAUGGGAUGGGAAAAAAGAGGGCAUGGAAAUAAGGGAACCGUUUCAGACUAACAUUGCCAGGAUUAAAGAUAUGAGAAGAGAGUCAGCUUCUUUGUCCAAAAAGACCAACAACACUUUCAACAUUGUCGGAACUACCUACGCCAUCAAUGUGGCUAAAGAUCAAGGUUUGACGACCAUUUCCAAGAGUGCCACCGUGGGAUCUGGCAAACAUUCCUAUCUCCAAAAAAUGGAAGACCCAUACCACGAGGCGAAAAAGUCCUACAACCGUGUCAGCAAAGUGGACAAGAUAUCACGCAUCAUUUUCCCAGUUCUUUUCUUCAUCUUCAACCUAGUCUACUGGGCCACGUAUGUCAACAGAAAGCCCGCGAUCAUGAAGUCAAACAACCAAAACUGAAUCUGACCACGUAGUUACGCGAGGUAUGAUGGUUUGGUUUGGAGGCUAGAUGAGUUUGCAAGAGGCCAAGUCCAUUACAUCCGAUUUUGUGUGUGUGAGUGUGUGUGUGUGCGAGUGAGUUUUGUGCGUCUGUUUUUUUCUUAAAAGUUUGAUAUUUUGCACGUCUGUAGGCUAUAGGUGGAAGGCAUCUUUUAGCAUAGAUUCACAUAUAGUAGCGGACCACGGAAGGAGGAAAUUUUCACAUCAAAUGUGUUUGUGUAGAAUUUUUAUUUUUUCUCCCUUCCAUACUAAAACCUUAAACUAAAACUCUGGCCCUGUUCCCUAUUGUGAGUGACCAAGUCUUUUUUUUCACUAUAGCUUGAUUGCUUGCCGUUUUGUAGACUAGUCAAAAGUAUUUUACUAUGUUUCAACAUGUUUGUGCUACUCUUAGAAAGGAGUUACAGCGAGCAUGUGUUUGAUAGUUUUCAUUGUGGCUCAUUACAGAUAAUAAGGUCUAGACACACAUCCACCGAGUAAAAACCAAACACAUGCAUGCACGCACGCUCCCAGAGACACACCAGUGAUACAUCAGAAAAUGCCAGCAGAGCCAUUCAUGGGUUGCCUAGUGCGAUACUGUGCUCGCUAAGCCAGGGGCAGCCUGUAUGGUUCCAUAGGAACAUCAUUAAUAAUCGUCAGUGUCUGGCCUUCAGGUUGCGCUGAAUCUCAACAGAGCCGAUGCAAUAUCAUCUGGAAUUGCUUUUGUGUCCCAUGGGCCUGCCUGUACAUUUUCUAGUCCAGUGACUCUUAUUGUUUUAACAGGCUGAGUAUGUUCAACAACAGAGAAGCAAUGUGCCUUUGUGAAUACCAACAUCAUUAAGAAAAAGGUUUUGACACACACACACAGACUCAUAUACAGACACUCAAACAUGCAGUACACAUACAUACUGUACAUACACACAAAAAUCAAACACAUACUGGUGUCCACAAG